UAAACUGUCAUGGCGGCAUUGUCUGCAGAUAGAGGUCCGCUCUUUAAAGUAAUCUUGUUGGGCGAAGCUGGGGUAGGAAAAACAGCGAUUUUUCACCGUUCCAAGGAUAAUAUAUUUGACGAGCGAAGGAAAACCACAGUGGGGAUCGACAGUUUUUCUCUCUACGUGAAGGUUGGCGAUCAACAAGUUACGCUUGGUGUCUGGGACACGGCUGGAGUGGAAAGAUUUCGGACGAUAACCAAUAACUAUUACCGUGGGUCUCAUGCAGCAAUUUUUGUGUACAGUGUGGACGAACCUUCAUCAUUACACUAUUUAGGCCACUGGAUACGGGAUCUGGAAGAAUAUUCUCCCAAUGCUAUAAAGAUACUUGUUGGCAAUAAAAAAGACCUUAACAGUCAGAUAUCUAAUGAAACAAUUGAGAUGUUUAACAAUGCAAAUGAUUGCAAACUUAACAUGCUCAUGUCAGCAAAGACAGGGGAAGGUAUUCAAGAUGCUUUUAAUGCCAUUGCUAAGCUGUUAGUACAAAAAGGAAUUGACAAAGACUCAUCAAACAAAGGUUUGGAGUUAGAGGCCCCUCAACCCAUGGUACGGCAGUGGAAAAAUGGUUGCUGUUCAUGAUAUUAGAGUCCUAGGCCUCGUCCACAUGUAUCAGUUUUCAUUUGAAAACACAGCUUUUUCUUUACGAAUAUGGCUUUUAUCCACAUGUAUUUGAUGAAAAUGGAACUUUUGAAAAGUGCUUUCCAGAGUGGAACUUUUUGAAAAUGCUGCUUAAUUGCUUGUAUGUGUGGAAGGAAGAAAAUGGAACUUUUCAAAAAUGCUGACAUCACACUAUCAGUUUCAAUACACUCUGCACAAUAUUAUAAACUUAUUCAAGAUGGACGACAGGUGUUUCACUCUCUUGUCUCAUUACUUGGGCUUAUUUCUCACCAAAUUGCCUGUCUUCAAGCAAAGUUAUCUGAGAUGGCACCAAUUUUUUAUUUCACAGGCUCAUAAUAGCAAAUUAUUAUGCCUGAGGGUUAUCAUUUAAAAGGUAUUAUUUUCAAGUUGGUUCAUCUUAUACAUGUGUAUGAUGCCAUGUGUGGGCACAAAUUGUUUUGAAAAUGAGAAAAACGUUGCAUUUCAAACAAUUACAGAUUAGUGUGGAUGGGGUUCUCCUAAUUAGAGACUAAUUAACUUUUUCUUACCUUUAACAAGAAGGUGCAUUACAAUGCAUGAAGCAUUCUCUGCAGUUGACAAAUUUUCUUCAACUGUAAGGAAACCAUAGAGUAUUUCUAUAUAGUAUAAAAUAGUAAAGAAUAGAAUGGAUAUAAGCCAAAAGGAGCACAGAUGAUUAAGGAUCCCUUAACAUUGCAAAGUUUAUUCUGAAACUAUAAACAUGUAAAAUAUUCAACUUAGAGAUGAGUUUUCUGAAGAGACUUUUGUCUCAACUUUUUCAUAAAUUGGUUUGUAACAGCCAUGACCAGCCUACUAGCCUUAUGCAAACCUACUUUUGAAAUUUGUGUUAGAUUUAAAGCACACUCUUCCUGGUUUAGACAGUGUGCAUACAAGUCAGAGAAAUAACAGUAAAAGUUUGUCAGCAAGUUCUGUUCAGCACCAAUGUUUUUUUUUU